ACAAUAUCGAUGCUGGCAGAGUAAGAUUCCACAUAAUAAAAACGCAGUGGCAGUGAGAGAAAACUGUUGUUUCUUCUUUCUUUCGCAUAACCCUAACAAUGAAGAAACUUUCUUUCUCCUUCCCUUCAUCAAAAUCUUCAUCCAAGUCUAACAAUUCCGUCAAACCCUCCCAAACCUUCGACCAAGAUUCUUCCACCAAUCAACAACAUCUUCAAAAACACUUAAUCACCGAAUUCGACCCUUCCAAUCUCCAAACCCUAGACUCAAAUCCCAAAGCCCUAAUUCCCCCAAUCGAAAACCAAUGGCGUCCGUACAAAAAAAUGAAGAACCUCGACCUUCCUUUAACCGAUUCACACUCUUCCCAUUCCCUUACUUUCGAACCCGACGCUUCUUCGAUCUCCGAUCAACCGGAAUCCGACAAGUCGUCGUACGGUCUCAACCUCCGUUCCGCGAAUUCUGAAAAUAAAAAGCAGGAAGCUGGUGGGGAUGCUUUGAGGCCCAGAAUUUCUAUUGAGGUUAACAUGAUGCAGAAGUUUAAGGAAGAUAUGGAGAGGCUUCCUGAUGAUCAGGGGUUUGAUGAGUUUAAGGAUGUUUCGGUGGAUGGUUUCGGUGCGGCCCUUUUGGGUGGGUAUGGAUGGAAAGAAGGAAUGGGGAUUGGGAAGAAUGCUAAGGAGGAUGUUAAGGUUGUUGAGGUUAAGAGGAGGACUGCUAAGGAGGGUUUGGGUUUUGUUGCUGAUUUGCCUCCUCCUACUUCGAAGAAGGGAGAAAGGAAUGGGAAGGUGGAGAGUGAGAAGAGGAAGAAGGAGGAGAAAGUUGUGAGAAUUGUCCGAGGUAGAGAUGUUGGAUUGAAGGCUAGUGUUGUAGGUAAAAUUGGGGAUGAUGUUUUUGUUUUGAAGGUUUUAGGGAGUAGUGAGGAAGUUAAGGUUAGGGUAGAUGAUGUUGCUGAAUUGGGUUCUGUUGAAGAAGAUAGGUGUUUGAGAAAGUUGAAGGAUUCGAAGGUUAAACACCAUGAGGAGGAAAGAGGGUCUCGUAGUAAGCGUGGGAAGGAUGAGGUGAAAGAAAGGAGAGUGGAUGGUAAUCGUGAUGGUAAGGAUGAGAGGGGGAAGAAACAGGUUCCUUGGCUUACAAGUCAUAUUCGGGUUAGGGUGGUUAGUCGGAGUUUUAAAGGGGGGAGAUUUUAUUUGAAGAAGGGUGAGGUUUUGGAUGUUAUUGGGCCUACUACUUGUGACAUAUCUAUGGAUGAGAGUAGGGAGAUUAUUCAAGGAGUGUCCCAAGAUAUGCUCGAGACGGCUAUUCCACGACGAGGGGGGCCUGUUCUUGUAUUGCAUGGGAAACAUAAGGGUGCUUUUGGGAGUCUUGUUGAAAGGGAUUUGGAUAGGGAGAUUGGUAUUAUUAGGGAUGCUGAUACCCAUCAGAUGCUCAAUGUCAAACUUGAACAUAUGGCAGAGUAUAUAGGGGACCCAAGCUUAUUGGGACAUUGAUUCUAUUGUAUCCAUUGCAUAUGAAGAAACAAAUUUACAAAUAGCAAUUGGUUUGGAAUUUCUUCGGUAUUUCAAAAGGAAUGUUUGGCGCAUUUUGAGCAAUUUGAAGGCUUAUUCGGAAGCGGAAGAGCAUUUUCUAAAAGAGUAAGUGUUCUGUGGUUUGCUUGCAUCCGGAGCACAUGGAAAGCAAGAAAUGAUAAAUUAUUCAACAACACGGCGGUUUUAGUGGAUCAAAUUGCUGAAGAUGUAAAAAGGUUGGCAUGGAAUUGGCUAAACAUCAAAUCAAAUCGUGUAGAUUACUGCUUAUCUCAAUGGUACUUAAAUUCCAGAACUUGCUUCGGCUGUGUGGAUGAUUUUUCUGUUAGAGAUACUGUUCGAGUGCUCUUUCUGGUUAACCAGUAAUUGAGGGCAGUUUUGAUAAUUUUUUUGCCAUCUGCUGCGUUCUUGCUGGACUGACAGCCAAAUAUUCGUCUGGAGACCUUAAUUCAGUUUAGGUUGUUGUCGUGGUCUGAUACUUAGGCUGGAGUAUCUUGGAUUACAUUUAUGUUUCUGUCGAUCUGGGUAAUUGGGUCUUGUAUUGCAGCUUGAAUCUGGAUCCAGAUUUGGCUCUGGCGUUAACCAGCAAUUCAAUUCGGACUGAGGUGCUCUGAGGAGCUAUGUGAUCUAGCUAUUGGCAUAGUAGCAGUGUGUUGUUGGUCAGAUUAGUUUUAAAGCCUUAGUUGUUAGAUCUUCUGGUAACUGAUAUGUAUUAAUUGAAUGGCAGUGGGUUAUCUUCAAAAAUAAUAUUGGAACAGUUUUAUUUUUAA